AUGCCUGGACCACCAGAUCAGACUGGGUGGGAGGCCGAGGACUCGCUGGUAAAGACUCGACCUGGCCGCCCCCUGAUAUCCUCAUCCCCCAAGUCAAACAAGAAGCGCCCGUCUCUCGCCCUGAACGGACCCGACUCCGUCUCCAGCGCCGCCGCGCAGAGCAACCAGGAGCAGCACUCCCUGGACCGACGCGAAAAGCCCGUUGUUCACCACCGGCCAGCCGAUCAACCGAUACCACUCCCCCCAAGACGGCAGAUAGGGCGGGUACUCGACCCGGACCAUCCACGAGAUGGCGACGAGCGCGAAGACGACGGCCUGCGCGGCGAGGCAGGGGAGGCUCAGCGCGCUCGUCUCCGGCCGGGUGCACAGCAUCGCGCGGGCUUGCGGGACGGCGGCGGCGACGGUGAGGAUCGUCGAGAGCGGCAGGAUGAGGAGGUGCGCGACGGGGACGAGCGAGAUGAGGAGGAAGACGAGGUAGAUUGCCGCGACGGCGCGUCGGUGGCCCCGUCUGUGGUCUCUUUCCGCCGUGUGACGGAGGGAGUUGAGGAAUCUUUCUUCCGGCGUGGCUGGUCAGCAGCCCCCUUGAGCCGAGCCCCAAGUCAUGCGGAACGGAAACGGGGCCAUCUUCUGUGCAACUCACAAGGACAGGGAAGAAAACCAGACGACGGCGAGCUGAGCAAAGUUGAACCAGUCGCCCGCCGUGGCCGGGUCGUGGACAAAGACGUCCGGGCGCGGGAAGCCGUUGUCGUUGAUAUGGAGGAACAGGCCGAUGGCGAACUGCUCGGUGGCGCUGAUCAAGUGGAAGAGGAGGUAGUACAGCGAGAGGCCGUCGCAGUGGCCCUGUUCCCGGAUCCGGUGGUGUUGAGGGAGGUAGGAGGCCGCGGUCAGCAUGUUCAGCACCCUGGGACACUGUGA